AUGAACGCGCGCAUAAGCACUGCUAAGCGGCUCCUCACCCGUUAUGGCAAAAAACUAGAACAAGUGGUACAGAAAUACAAAGAAGAAGGAUUGGAAUCAUUACAUGCUGAAUUGAGCGGCGAUCAGAAGAUUAACAGAGGGAACCUAAGACAACUGGAGGAAGCUGUAGGAGCUAUUGACUCCCUAGUGGGACAACUGGAGAGUUCAUUAUCAAGCUUCCUCACUCUACGGGACUCCUCACCUCCAUCUGGAACUGAGCCAGACGACACCGAUACAUACUCCAUUCGCGCAGAAGAAUGUUUAGUCACAGCUGUCGAAUACAGGAUGCUUCUGCAGGCCAGGAUCAGAGCCAUCAAAUCCUGCGACAGCAUGUUCCAGCCGCAACAACUCAGGCAAAAAGGUGAGCAAGUAGACAGUCAAUGGAUGGUGAAAAAGAUAUUGUCGAAAUUUCCUGAGGAAUUUCAACGAAAGGUCCUCCUGAGGAAGCGACUGCUCCCUUCAAACCUUCAACCAAUUUCGAUGGAAGUCCUUUUUGAUCUUAUGGAAGACGUCCUUUCGGGAGAAGAGAUGAUCCAAGUCCAUUUAGAAAAGCCAUUGAAGACCGUACAAUCCGGAUUGGGCGCACAAAGAACAGCACCAUCCAGCAAAAAGCGUACACUGCCAUGCAUGUAUUGCAAGGGAGACCACAAACCAGCAGCAUGCAAAAAGUUCAAGACCCCACAAGAACGAGCACAGUACCUACGGGAAAGGAACUUGUGCCAACUAUGCGCUUCAGAACAUCAUGCAACAGCGGAGUGCAGCAGACAGCCGUGCUUCUACUGUCAAGGCCCCCAUCACACAUCAUGUUGCUUCAAACCCGGAACAAAUUCAACCUCUAUCUCG